AUUUUGUUCUUGUGGCAUUAUUGUAAAGUUGUAAACAUAUUUUUUUAUUAGCGCAAACCAAACAUCUUAAAAUGCAAUGUUUUUCAUGUAUUGUAGAUUUUGUUGGGAUUAGAGAAAAUUAAUAUCAUUGAUAUUCCUAAAUGGCUUUAAACAUGUUUUGUUGUCUAAAAAACUGCAUUAACGGUGUAAGUUUUGCACAGACCCCGGCUCCAAGAAAAGAAAUUGGUCAAAUUAUAUUGGAUUCAAAUUACAUGGGCCAAGAGGUGGUGAUCGUGAAGAAUGGUCAGCGCGUGUGCGGAAGUGGAGGCACGCUGGCCAGCGCACCACUUGUGCAGAGCAAAGCGUACUUUGAAGUCAAACUCCUGCAGUCAGGGGUGUGGGGCGUGGGGCUGGCCACGCGCUCCGCGGACCUGAACGGGGCCCCGGGCGGCCACGACGAGGAGUCCUGGGUGCUGUGCUGGGACGGGGUCGUCAGGCACAACAACAAGGAGCUGUGCCGGCUGCUGCAGGCCCCGCAGGAAGGGGAUGUUCUGGGUGUAGCAUAUGAUCAUGUGGAGCUAAAUUUCUUUAUUAAUGGAAAAUCAACAGAAACUCCUGUAAUUGGUGUGAGACAUACAGUGUACCCUGCACUUUAUGUGCAAGACGGUGCUGUCCUGGACAUAGUCCUGGACAACUUCAGCUACCCGCCGCCCCAGGGCUUCGACAAGAUAAUGAUCGAGCAGUCCCUCCUCUAGCACCGCGGCGCCGUGCCGAGCACGCCCCAGGCGCCACUCGUGUUUGUAUUUCUCAUGACCGCGCGCACGGGUCGCCCGGCUCCUGCUCUCGUGUCCGAGAGAAUCAGCGCUGGCAUCCCGGGCGAAGGAAGUGUGCCGCAUGCAGCUACUCCAGUGUUUUAUGUCCAUUUUUAAGCAUGAAACAAACAGGUGGUAGUUGGAUGUAUUCAUGUAAAAGAACUUCACAAACACGUUCACGUUUCACGUUCACAAUGGUCGGCACUGCGUAUAGCACAGUGAUUACUAAAAUAAUUAGAUAAGUAUAUCAGCAAUUGUAAAAAAUUUCUCCUUACAAAUCAGUGCUCUCUUAAUCUUGCAUCCUUUGGUUCAGCUCAUUCUACAAUGGAGCACCAAUCGUGCCACUCGUGUUUGGAUUUUUUUUUUUGUUGGGGUGGAUUCAGGCAUUUUUUUGACCUUAUCACUUUUUUUGCAUCAUUGUGCUGCCCGUGUUUUUAGAUUACUGAGUUUUUUUUUUGUUACCAUAGAGCUGAUAAAUAUAACUUUUUUUAAUAUGGUUGUACAUAUGUAUUAAUUGUUCUUGGUUUUCCCAUUAAAAAUUAUUUUGAUGUUUGA